AUUGGGAGCCGGUGACUCAUUAACAAUAUGGAGCCGAUUCCGCCGCCUGUUCAAUGCAGGCCCGUGGCAGCAGCGCGGCGCUUUGUCCCGUUGUGGCGGCUCCGUUUUCCCGCGCUGCUCAUUAUUUCCCGCUCUCCAUGGCGGCCGCGCGCGCCCCCUCCCGGAAGUCGGCGCCGUGCGGGGGCUGCCGGUCGUUUCCCGUCUCGCCGGAAGUACGUCAUCACUUCGCGACGCCGGAGGAGAGGACCCGCCAUCAUGGUUCAUCUCGGUGGCGGCCUCCUGAGGGGUCAUUACCGGGGCGGACACGUCGUCAUCCGUUUCGCCCUCGGCGGCUGCACCAACCGCCCGUUCUACCGCAUCGUGGCGGCGCACAGCAAACGGGCCCGGGACGGGAAGUACCUGGAGCAGCUGGGCUGCAUCGACCCGCUGCCCAACGCGCACGGAGAGAAAGUGGCGGGGCUGAACCUGGAGCGGCUGCGGCACUGGCUGGGAUGCGGCGCGCAGCUGACACGGCCGGCAGAGAAACUGCUGGGCCUGGCCGGGUUCCUGCCGCUGCACCCCAUGACCGUCACCAACGCCGAGCGGAUCCGGCGGCGGCAGCGACGAGCACAAGGAUCCAUCGCGCCCCCUGCGGACGGCGGAGCGCAGGAACCCGGCACCGCGCAGCCCCCGAGUGAACAAGGGAAAGAGUGACACACGCGACCAUCGAAUAUAAUAAUAGAAUAUCCCAAGUUGGAAGAAACCCACAGGGAUCCUUCAGUCCAACCCCAGCUCUGCACAACACCUAAAACUCAAACCCUGUGUCUGAGAGCAUUGUCCAAAUGCUUCUUGAACUCUGGCAGCUUGGGGCUGUGACCACUGCUCUGAGGAGCCUCUUCCAGUGCUGGAAAAUACACUGGUAACAGUCAUUUGAGUGUCUAAGUUUGCUAAGACAAAGAAUUAAAGGUUACACAGCAGACCAAAACAAUUCCAGUCAGCUCUUUAGAUUGUUGCCAACCAGGCACUCAGAAGUGCCGAGUGUGCUGCUCAUACACCAGGUCCAGUUUCAUCCCAAAUAAUGUUGGAGGUGCCUGAUAAUGAAAGCUGCACGACACAGGUGUGACAGUGGGCAAUGCCUUGUAGGCCAGAACAGAUGGGAUCAGGAUGAACAGUCCUCAGUCUGACACUGCUGUCUCUGAAUGCUUGGCUUUGUAAGGUCAGAAACGUUCCUCCAGGAAAGUAAAGACCAAACAGCACAAAACUUCCUUCUCACAGAAAAACAAAGUGGGGAACUUAAAAAUGAAAGGUUCUUACACACUGUACGUUAUGUUUUAAGCACUAUAGUAUGCCACAACAGCUAAAGAUUAUGCAAGUUAGUUUAUCUUGAUAUUGCACAUCACACAUAAAAUGAACUUAAGUGAACAGUCAAUAACAACUCAUUGAAGGAGUCAAUCUCCAGAAAAAACCUGCUGCUUCUGUCCUAGAUAAGAACAAAAAGAGCCUCUAAAGGGAUGCCAUGCACAGUGCUCCUAAGCACUCAAAUGCCCUUCUGCCAUGGGAAACCUCUGCACCCUACCCACAGCAGUACACAGCUCCAGCUCCAGCUGACAAACCACUGAUCCCUCGGCAGAUUUUAAAACGUGAGGUACAACUGUAUGAGAAAUAAGGAUGAUGUGCCAGUGGCUUUUGGCUUUCACAUAAAUGGUUUCUCUUAAAUCCUUAACCUAAUUGUGAGAAUAAACUUUAGUUACCAAGAGAAACUUGGCUCACAAAA